CACGCACAUGCAUACAUACCCACACACACACACACCACUGAGUUCUCGCACCACUAAAGCACCUCCCCCAAACUGGGCAGUCUUUAGGACCCAGCGAAGCAGAAGACAGGGAAGAAGCGGGGGCGCGAUAUUUUUAAUCUGACCACAGAAGCUGUUAGUUGCAACUUCCUUUAAGACCGCUCAUAGCAUGCUUAAAUCACACUGACUCUCAGUUCAAGGUUGUGGACUGCCAGCCCCACCGGUAGUGGCCUCAAUGUCCUGACAUGACCAGCAGUGUCGGCCUUGGACCACCAACUCGCGCCUCAGGAUGCACCACCAAGCCCAGGAUCUGAAGGGCUUCCUGGCCCAGAUCACCAGCAAGGAGGCAGAGUCAGAGGAGGCAGAGGGGGGCUUCGCCGGAGAGUUCUCUAGGUUGAAGAGGCUGUCUACUAAGUACCGCACAGAAAAGACCUACUCUACAAAGGCUGCUGAGAAGCAAGGCAAUGUGAAGAAGAACAGAUACAAGGACAUCGUGCCCUUUGACCACUCUAGGGUGAAGCUCUCCUUUAUCACCUCCAAAAAUGACACUGACUACAUCAAUGCCAACUUCAUCAAGGGGGUGUCGCAGCAGAGGGCCUAUAUCGCCACCCAGGGCCCCUUACCUCACACAGUGCAGGACUUCUGGAGGAUGAUCUGGGAGUACAAUGUGGAGGUCAUAGUCAUGGCCUGCAGGGAGUUUGAGAUGGGCAGGAAAAAGUGUGAGCGGUACUGGCCUGAGAAGAUGGAGGAAGCAUUUGUGUGUCACCCCUUCACCAUUCACUUUGAAUCUAUGGAAAGUAAAGGUGACUAUCUAACCAGGGUUUUAAAGGUGACUUACUGCAAUUCAUCCCGCAGUUUGUGGCAGCUGCACUAUGUGAAUUGGCCGGACCACGGCGUGCCAGACUCCAUCCCACCGAUUCUGGAGCUGCUCCAGGAGAUGCGGACCUACCAGGAGCAUGACGAUGUGCCCAUCUGCAUCCACUGCAGUGCCGGUUGCGGUAGGACAGGGGUCCUGUGCGCCAUUGACUACACCUGGAAACUGCUGCGAAAACAGUUGAUCACAGAAGACUUCAGCAUCUACAGACUGGUCCAGGAGAUGCGAACACAAAGACCCUCAAUAGUUCAGACCAAGGAGCAGUAUGCGCUUGUCUACAGGACAGUUAAGGUCUUGUUUGAGAACUACCUGCAGAUGAUGACCAACGAUUUAAGUGCAGCUGAGGUACCAGCUUCCCCCUCUCUCAGCCCAGCGUCCAGUGAGAAUGAUCUCACAUCCCCAUGUGAGGUGCUGGACCUUAACCAGGAAGAGGAAGUAGAACCAAUGCCAUGGCCCAGGUACAUGAAAAGGGAGGAGCCAAAGGAGGUGACCAAUCAGGACACUGCAGGGGAGCCCCCCACUGUGCUGCUACACCUUCCAGCAGAGGAGGAUGGUCAUAAUGGUCCAGUGUUCCAGUCAUCCAGAUGUUCCCCUGAGGAAGCGCUCAGCCUGCAGACAGAAUGUUCCGGACAGACCGUCCAUGGGGGUUGGGAUGCUCAGGAAAACAUGCCCUCUCAGAGUCCCAGCAGGGGGGACUGGAACACCCCUCAGGAAGAGGAAGUGGUCCUGCUGGAGCCGGAAAUUAACCUCAAUUCUCCAGGUUGCUGGAAGUCCUCCUGUAUCUCGGUGGAAGACCCUUACUUCAGUCCCAGCUCUCCCCAGGACUCUCAGGCAACACAGGACCCCGAGGAGCUGUUGCCGUUCCACAGCUGGGCCAGUAACCCAUGUGUCACCACCCCUGCACUGACCCUCAAUGACCAUCCACUGGUACUGCCCCAGUUUGACACCCUCGCUACAGCCCCUCCUGCCUCAGAUGAAGACCCCCCUCCAGUGCUACCAGAGAGAACUCCUGAAUCCUACAUGAUGGCUAAUAGUCCAGGUAGUCCAGCCCCUCCUGCUUCAGAUGAAGACCCCCCUAUGCUACCAGAUCGAACUCCUGAAUCCUAUAUGCUGGCUAGUCCAAUAGGUAGACCAGGAAGUCCCACUGGUAGUGACAUGGAGAAGCUGCUGGUUGUCAUACCAUCGAACAUGACUGAGACUCUCAGUAGUAAUGGGAGCCCCCCCUCACCUGUGCCCCCCCUGCCAGAGAGAACCCCAGAGUCCUUCAUUCUGGCCACCGAUGCUGAUCUGGUGCAGAGUGUGGCCCACCAUAAGCCCCACAGCCCCAAAGUUGGGAUGUCGUCAGAGUGGUGUGGGACCUCAGAACUACCCUCACAGGAGCCUAAGAAAUCCUGGACCCGGAGCAAGAGCUUAAAGGUUAGACUGUCAAUGCUAGUGUCCCCUUCUGUUUCCCUGGCUGCUGUUCCAGUCAACCCAGCACCCAGUGCCCCUCCUCUUCCUCCUCCUGCCGAGACAGAAUCAAUUUUGUCCGCUGCACCAUGUUUACCAGACAGACCUCCAGAGUCAUUCAUCCUGGUCGCAGAGGAAGGUCCAGGGAACCAAACUAGCAACCCAGGCCUGCAGGAGAGCAGGCAGAGAGUUGGAACGUCCUCUGAGUGGGCAGGAAAUUCACAGCCAAGCUCAUUCCUGGACGUGGUGAUGAACCGAAGCAAGAGUGUUAGAACGAAAAGUUCGAAGAACAACAGACUGUCUGUGGCUUGUCCGGCCACUUCUAGCAGCGUGGUUGUUGCACCUGCAGGAAAUGCUGACAGCGGGACAUCAGCCAGCGCUGGUGUGGCUGGGGAGAGACAAAACAAGAGCAGCGGGAAAAGCGCUCUGCCCAGCAUGACCCGGACCAAGAGCCUAAAGUUCCUGAAAAAUAUACGAAAACCCAAGGGUGGCCCCCCUCCAGUAGACGUUCCCUCUGAACCACCUCUGUCCUUGAGCUCAGCCCCUGGCUUCAGAUUCGGAUUUGGGAACCGGUUCAGGAAGCCCAAAGGCCCAAGGCAUCAACCCGACACGUGGGUGUGAGGGACCAGGGGAAUGUGGAAAGAACCAUCCCCUCAUCCAUCAGAGCCCUGUGCUAGAGCCCUAAUGGCCGCCUCUCUGCCCCACUUUGGGUUUUCAGCGCAGAAAACAUGUUUAAUGCCCAGUGGAGAGCAGGUAGCAUUUGGGCAGACAAAGAAGCAUGUAGUUGUGUAUAUGACUAUCCUCUGAAGGAAAACAUGGUAAAGAGCACCUGAAGGAAUUAAGUUAAUAAAUAACCAGGAGAUCAUUUUUUGUGUUGUAGCAAGAAACAUUGUAGUUCUGCAACCCACCCAAAUGUCAUCAGAACAGAACAAGGGAAACAUUUGUAUUUAUAAGUAAGACAGAUUCUAUUAGCAUAUAACAUAUUUGCAUGACUGGGACAUGCUACUUGAAUUGUGUUCAUUGAAAUUUAGAGAUGUUGUACAGUAACUGCUUAAUAUCCAUCGAGAUAUGCUCACAGCUACGGGUAUUUUUAAACAGAACUGGAAUGAUUACCAGAAGAAGCUGAAAUCAGCACAUGCCCUGAAAGUUACCACAUAAUCAGAACCCCUCAAAAUAUGUUCCUCAUUAGACAAACUGAGUGUACCAUAAUAAUUGUUUUAAGAAAUGAAGGGCUUAAGCACAUAUAUUAUUGAUGAGGGGUUCUCUGACUGCCUUGGGGUCUACCUGUGUACAAUAUCUUUGUUUUUGUUCCAACCACAUCUGCAACCCAUGAAUUGCAAAGAGCUGUUAAUUACUGGACACAUUGUAAUGAUAUGGAUUUACAUCCAUAAGGCCACAUUAAUUCAGAAACAGCUAUAGAUGCCUUGAAGAAAAAUAUCCCAUUGGUAAUGUGCUGCAUUUCAAAUGAUUCCUGUAAAAAGAUGUUUUUAAAUUAAUAAAUUAUAGAUUGACAAGUGAAA